CUGUGCAACGUGAAAUGUUGCAAAACGCACCACGUCCGGCGGCGUCAUGUUAUCUAAACCUGUCUGACUUGACGCUGUUGGAUUCUGUCGGGAGGGAGAAGAAGAAGAGAAAUGGAGCCUCAAAGGAAGUUGAUCAACUCAGUGGACGGCUGCGUGGACGAGGCGCUCUGCGGCCUGGUCCGGGCCAGCGGGGGCCUGGCGCUGCUGAGGGGCCACAGGGUCGUGCUCCGGUCCGACCCGGAGUGCCUGAGGGGCCGCGUGGCCCUGCUGUCGGGAGGCGGGUCGGGACACGAGCCGGCACACGCGGGUUACGUCGGGGCAGGAAUGCUGUCGGCCGCAGUAGCAGGUGGAGUCUUCGCAUCUCCACCGCCUGCCAGCAUCCUGGCGGCCAUCUUGUCUUUGCAUAACGCAGGAGCCUGCGGCGUCCUCCUCAUCGUGAAGAACUACACCGGCGACCGCCUCAACUUCGGGUUGGCCGCAGAGCAGGCCCGAAACUGUGGCGUCGCCGUCGACGUGGUGAUCGUUGCCGAGGACUGCGCCUUUGACCGGCCCGGUAAGGCCGGGAGGAGGGGCCUGUGUGGCACCGUCUUUGUGCACAAGCUGGCAGGUGCGAUGGCAGAAGAAGGCUCCUCAUUGGACCAGAUUGUUGCCAAGGUGACCGAGGUUUUAAAGGGGACUGGUACCCUCGGGGUGAGUCUGUCUCCGUGCAGCGUCCCGGGCUGCCUGCCCUCGUUUGACCUGCCCCCCGGAGACAUGGAGCUGGGCCUGGGGAUCCACGGAGAACCUGGAAUCAAAAGGUCAAAGGUGAUGUCGGCAGAUGAGGUGGUGAAGACCAUGAUAGAUCACAUGACCGACCCCGACAGCCAAUCGUGUCUGCCGCUGAAAUCAGGUGACAGUGUGGUCGUGUGUAUGAACAACCUCGGAGCUCUGUCCUGCCUGGAGAUGGCUGUUGUUACUCGAGCUGCCAUCACCUAUCUGGAGAACCGCGGGGUGCUGGUUGCCCGGGUGAUGUCGGGCUCCUUCAUGACGUCACUGGAGAUGGCGGGCGUGUCGCUGACCCUGAUGCUCGCCAACGAGGAAACACUGAGACUGUUUGAUGCUAAGACCAGCGCCCCCGCCUGGCCCAAUCUCAGCAGCGUGUGUGUGAGCGGACGCAGCUUCGUCGCAGAUCCUCCGAGCGCGGGCACACGACCGCAGGACGACACACACGCAGAAGGCCCACUGAGUCCUGUGAUGCGUGAAGUGCUCCAGAUGGUUUGUUCCACCCUGUUGGAGAAGCAAGAGGAACUCAACUCCCUGGACCGCGCCGCCGGGGACGGAGAUUGCGGCAACACUCACGCACAGGCAGCCAGAGCCAUUCAGGAGUGGCUCCAGGGUCACGUGGUCCCCGGUUGCCCCGGGAGACUCCUCUCGGUCCUGGCAGGACUGGUGCAGGAGAAGAUGGGCGGGUCGUCGGGGGCGCUGUACAGCCUGUUCCUGACGGCAGCGGCGGCCCAUGUGACCGAGGGGCGGAGCAACGCCGCAGCCUGGGCCGGUGCAAUGCAUGCUGGGACGCAGGCCAUGAGGAGAUAUGGUGGAGCUGAACCUGGAGACAGAACAAUGUUGGACGCUCUGUGCCCUGCUGCGGACGAGCUGACGAAGCUGACCACGGCGCCGCCUGGUGGACAGAUGCUCAUACUGCAGGCUGCUGUGCAGCGAGCGACCUCGGGGGCGGAGUCAACCCGUGACCUCACAGCGAGGGCGGGGCGGGCCAGCUACAUCGCGGCCGAGCGGCUCACCCGGCCCGACCCCGGCGCCGUGGCCGUGGCGGCCAUCUUGAGGGCCGUGCUGGAGUCGAUGGAGCGGCAGAAGAAGUAGCGCGGAAGAUUGACGCCGCGUGAAGAGGAGAACUAGUUCAUGAGGUGCGACCUGCUGAACCAGGUUUUACUGUGAACGUGCAAUCAGCUGCUGGAACCGGUUCCACAUCUUCAUGUUUAAAAUCGCUGGGAUUCUUCUUUUUUCUGCUCAAGUGUAUCAGCUUUUGAAAUAUCUUUUUUCUUUUUGAAUAAAAAUCAUAAUGUACACAGAGUUCUUGACGAAACUAUUGAUUCUGACUAAAAAAUGUAUUAUUUUAA